ACGUAAUACGUAAUGGAUGAUGGCAACCCGACGGGCCCAUCUACCAAUAUCUCUUGAUGCACCUCCGGCGGGGUCCGACACUGGUCGUGAGCUAUUUGAAGGCUGCAGAAACGGUGAUGUGACCCGUGUUAAGAAGCUGGUUACGCCUCACAAUGUGAACUCGCGGGAUACUACAGGAAGAAAGUCUACUCCUCUUCAUUUUGCUGCUGGGUUUGGGCGGCGAGAUGUGGUCGACCAUCUUCUACAAAAUGGGGCCAAUGUUCACGCCAAGGAUGAUGGUGGUCUGAUUCCCCUGCACAAUGCCUGCUCCUUUGGCCAUGCAGAAGUAGUGCUGCUCCUUUUGAAGCAUGGCGCUGACCCCAAUGCAAGGGAUAACUGGAACUACACACCACUUCAUGAAGCAGCAAUCAAAGGAAAGGUUGAUGUGUGCAUAGUGCUUCUGCAGCAUGGGGCAGACGCAUCUAUCCGCAACACAGAUGGAAAAAUUCCGCUGGACCUGGCGGACCCAUCGACCCGUAGUGUGCUCACAGGGGACUACAGGAAGGAUGAGCUGCUCGAGUCUGCUCGCAGUGGCAAUGAGGAGAAGCUUCUGGCACUGCUCACAUCUAUAAAUGUCAAUUGCCAUGCCAGCGAUGGCCGCAAGUCUACACCACUCCACCUUGCAGCAGGCUACAACAGAGUGCGGAUUGUCCAGCUCCUCCUGCAGCAUGGGGCUGAUGUUCAUGCCAAAGAUAAAGGUGGCCUGGUGCCUUUACAUAAUGCGUGUUCCUACGGCCAUUUUGAAGUGACUGAGAUGUUGAUAAAGCAUGGGGCCAAUGUGAAUGCCAUGGAUCUGUGGCAGUUCACACCACUGCACGAAGCAGCCUCCAAGAGUCGAGCUGAGGUGUGCUCACUGCUACUUGCACAUGGAGCUGACCCUGGUCUGCUCAACUGCCAUUCGAAGAGCCCAGUCAUGGUAGCUCCUUCCCGUGAUCUCCAGGACCGCAUGCUUUAUGAGUACAAAGGACAUGCACUACUGGAUGCAGCUCGGCAGGCUGACCUGGCACGCAUCAAAAAGUACAACACCCCUGAUGUAGCCAACUUCAAGCAUCCGUUCACAGGAGACACAUCCUUGCACGUGGUUGCGGUUUCUUCAUUUCCCAAGCGCAAACAGGCUAUAGAAUUGCUGCUCCGGAAGAAUGCUAACAUCAACGAAAAGAACGAAGAGUAUUUGACGCCAUUGCACCUAGCAGCUGACAAAUCUCAUCUUGAUGUUGUGGACGUUCUGAUCAAAAAUGGUGCAAAGGUGAAUGCACUGGACAGCUUGGGGCAGACUGCACUGCAUCGGUGCUCUCGCGAAGGAAAUGUGCAAGCUUGCCGCUUGCUCCUGUCGGCUGGGGCUGACCCUGGUAUAGUGAGUGGGCAAGGCUAUACAGCAUCACAGUUGGCCAGUGAUGCAGUUCAGCAGCUUUUGCAUGAACCUCAGCACAGCAGUGGAGAUGCAGAGUUCCAGCUGCUUGAAGCAGCAAAAGCUGGAGAUCUUGACAUUGUGAAGAAAUUGAUAUCGUCUCAUGCUGACAUUGUGAACUGCAGAGAUGUGGAUGGGCGACAGUCAACGCCAUUGCACUUUGCAGCAGGGUACAAUCGUGUGGCAGUGGUUGAAUUCUUGCUUCAGCAUGGUGCUGAUGUUCAUGCCAAAGACAAAGGGAAACGAAGGACGCAGGUGGGUUCCGCGAAGAGGGGAUGCGGGAAACACCCACACAUGGAAAGAAAUCGGACUAGUGGCUGCGCCGUUGGAGAGGCACCAGAUCUGCACCCUCGCUUGGAACAAAAGGGUAGACGGUUCGAGCUGAAGGGGAGCGUUCAGGGAGACGGUCACGUAGAUAAAAGGGGCUUGGUGCCUCUACAUAAUGCUUGCUCAUAUGGCCAUUAUGAAGUAGCUGACCUUUUGGUGAAGCAUGGUGCCAGUGUAAAUGUUUCUGAUCUCUGGAAGUUCACGCCACUUCAUGAAGCAACUGCUAAAGGAAAAUAUGACAUUGUGAAGCUGUUGCUUAAGCAUGGAGCUGACCCAAGCAAGAAGAACCGUGACGGUAAUACACCUCUUGAUUUAGUGAAAGAUGGUGACCAAGAUGUGGCAGAUCUUCUCAAAGGGGAUGCUGCACUUUUAGAUGCUGCUAAGAAGGGCAAUCUUGCAAGGGUCAUGAAGCUGGUAUCAAGUGAAAAUAUUAAUUGUAGGGACUCUCAAGGCAGGAACUCAACACCACUGCAUUUGGCGGCCGGAUACAACAACCUGGAAGUUGCAGAGUUGUUACUUGAAAAUGGUGCAGAUGUCAAUGCACAGGACAAAGGAGGCCUGAUUCCACUUCAUAAUGCAUCUUCUUAUGGGCAUUUGGACAUAGCAGCCUUGUUGAUAAAAUACAAUACUGUGGUGAAUGCUACUGACCGGUGGGGCUUUACACCACUGCAUGAGGCUGCACAAAAAGGUCGGACACAGCUCUGUGCCUUGUUGCUGGCACAUGGCGCAGACUCAACAAUGAAGAACCAUGAAGGUCAGACACCUCUAGACAUUGCAGCAGCAGAAGAUGUGCGCUGCCUGCUGACCGAUGCCAUGCCUCCACAUGCCCUCCCUCCUUCGGCUAAAGCAUCAGCAGUUCAGCCACAAUGCCCAUCGAACAUGCUAGGAGGAAGCCCACUGUCAGCGCUGUCAUUGGAAGCACUGGAGGCUGAAAUCCCUGCAGCCAUGAGCCUGCUGUCAACACAGCGUGCCGGUCACGUACGAGAAGGCUCAGCAGCCAGUGAACCUCUCGCUGAGCUGACGACACACAACAAAGAAUUUAUGCAGUUUCUCACCAACAUUGGCCUGGGGCAUCUUUGUGAGCUUUUUGAGAAAGAGAUGAUUACAAUUGACAUCUUGGCUGAGAUGGGUCACGAGGAACUGAAGCAGAUAGGCGUGUCUGCUUAUGGGCACCGACACAAGUUGAUGAAGGGCAUUGAGAAGCUGCUCACAGGUCGAGCAAUCUCGUCAACACUUAUGCCCAACACAACUGGAACUGUCUUAGUGGACCUUUCGCCUGAUGAUAAAGAGUACAUGGCUGUAGAAGAGGAGCUUCAAGCUACCAUCCGUGAACAUAGGGACAAUGGAUAUGCGGGUGGAAUUUUCAUGCACUACAACAUCAUCAAGAUUCAAAAAGUGCGCAACCGGAAACUCCUGGAACGCUACUGCCAUCGGAGGAAAGAAGUUGCUGAGGAAAACCACAACCAGUCCAAUGAGCGCAUGCUCUUUCAUGGCUCACCCUUCAUCAAUGCAAUUGUUCAGAAGGGGUUUGAUGAACGCCAUGCCUACAUUGGGGGCAUGUUUGGAGCUGGGAUUUAUUUUGCAGAGAACUCAUCCAAAAGCAAUCAGUAUGUCUAUGGCACCUGCGGAGGAACGGGCUGCCCAAUACACAAAGAUCGUUCCUGCUACAUCUGCCACAGGCAAAUGCUGUUGUGUCGUGUGACACUGGGCAAGUCAUUCCUGCAAUUCAGUGCCAUGAAGAUGGCACAUGCUCCACCUGGUCACCAUUCAGUCAUUGGGCGGCCCAGCGUAGGUGGACUCUCCUACCCCGAGUAUGUUGUCUAUCGGGGCGAGCAGGCGUACCCGGAGUACCUGAUAUCCUACCAGAUUGAGAAACCUCAGGAUCAUGUCGUUCUGAGUUCGUAACAGGGUCUACUCCUGGCGAAGAACACUCAUUAUGGAUUCCAUGUCUUUGCAGUGAGCACAGCCUUCGAUGGGGGACUAGUGUCUGUGUGUGUUCAGUGGCAGUUUUUUUGGUGUAUGAGAAUGAUGAAGGUUCAAGCACAGGCUGUCCUAGCUACGACAAAACACUCUGAAGCUGGUUCAUUGUAUAUAGGAGGUGCUAGAAACAGAAUUUUAAUAUGAAAAUAGCAUUUUGAAACUAGAGCAGGCUUUAAUUGACAUUGAAACUGAAUUUUAGUUAGGCAUUGUUGGCCUUUUUAACUGAGUAGUAGGCCAAAAUGCAAUACAGUUCUUGUGGUGAUAAAAGUAUCUUACUUUGUGGGGCUUGUCCCAAGCAGCUCAUUUUGCUGAGAUCGGUGUUAUGUGAUAGUGCUUAUUUCUUCGUGUACAUAGCUUAUUGUGUGUAUGAAUGCAUCCUUUUCUAGAGUUUUAUCGUUUGUGUGACAUAUGUGCUAUUUAUAGGCCUGUUUUUAGUUGCCCAUUGUCAAACUUGCAUAGGUAAGAGUUAUUUCACAUAUAAGAUGUGGAAUCUUUCAGAGAUUUGCAAUGAUACAUAAUACUUAUUGUGUGAGUGGCUUGCACGAUCUUAUAUCACUGUAUACUGUUGUAAUAGCCACACUCUUAUCUUUUAAAGAGAAGUUUUUCUUGUUUUUUUUUUUUUUUUUUAGGGGGUUGCUGUGUGAGGUAAUGUUUUACGAUUAGUAUGCGAGAGAUAAUAUACAGUAGCCUGGUAAGGAAACCAAUGUUUGGUGGUCAGCCACUUGAAGCUUGGCAGGAAUGAAUUUAUCUAGACUGAGCAGUUAGUGAGGACACAGAUCAUGAAUGAGAAAUAAAUCUCCAUACAAAUUAAAAUGGGUUGGAGCACAUAUGACGGGCACUCCCUGGUCAUGAGCAACAGCUUGUCACUAUCUUUGAAAGGCACGUAGUGAGUGCAUUCUGCCAGUAAUAACCGAUAGGGCUUCAGAUGCUGGGGAGACUGUACCAUGAGAAAUGGAAGGCAAAAUAUUUUAUAUGGUAAUUUUAUAGUACAUGGAGCAGACAACUGUUAGAGUGUUGCAGAAUGGGAAAGAAUUGCAGCAAGGUGUGAACGGAGUCGGCUGAUGCAAGACAAGCGUUGGGCCCUGCAAUGGGCAUAUGUAUCCAACCUACUGACCUUUUUAGGUGAAAGCCGUCUUGGGAACAGAGCACCAAGUAUAUUUUAGUUGUGUGAGGCCCUAUUUAUUGGUCUAGGGAUUUUGUACUUUGUUACAUACGUCCCAACCUAAAUGAGCCUGUAUGGUCGUCUCAUUUUCUUAAAGCCAAUAGUUAACCUUCAUGUAAAAACUUUCAAGUAUUGUUAUUUCUAUAAUAAUUCCUCUUCUGCUUUUACAAGAAGAAAGGAUGUGGUUGUUAUGUAAGUCAGUAUGGUACAGUAGGUAGAAAAGCAGUUGAGAAAGCGAGAAACUUUAUGAAAGCUUGUUACAUCUGAGAAGGUGAUGAAAUUAUUGGUUGUUGCAUUCACUUCUGUGGAAACAGUUUGAGAGCUUGCAGUAAGUGUUGGCAUCUGUGUGUGAAGACACUGUGGUGUUGCCAUCUUUACAUGACAUGCUGAUGCAUGUGUUUCCACUGCUCAGUUUCAAUGUGCUUGCAUUUCUGGAGCGUUGACGGCGCCAGAGCUGGUGUGGGUAAAUAUGGUUUGCCAUCACCACUUUAACCCUGCUUUGUUUUCACUCAAGUUUUACAGCAAAAGGACAUUUUUGGUAUGCAUUGUUUAUCCUAGUUGGAAGCGCACCGUCUUAUGCUCACCAUCUGGAAAGGUUGGAAAUACAGGGACUGGUUUUUCCACCUGUCUACAACAUACAAACAGUAAUGAUGCCCCCCACAGUAGCCCAGUAGCUAUGGCAUUCUGCUGCUGCUAGCACACAUAAUCGCAUUAUUUAAAUGCUAGCUAAAGAAGAAAAUUAUUUGAGCUGUAUUAUUAAGUGACGCUAUAUCAAUACAAAGCAACUCUUACUGUGAGAGGAGGAGGAGUCUUGAUAAGCCAGAAAUACCUGUGACAAGACCAGCUCACCGCGACAUUGUAGAUUAUGAUGAUCAGAGCUUUUUGUGCAGUGGUGGCAGUAUGUAGUGGCAUGGUAAAAUCAAAGGAAAGCAGGUUGGCAGAACACACAGCCAGUAGAGCCAUUGCAGAAUAUAGGAACAGGUGUCAGUUAUAGUGGAGAAUUGUAGAAGCACCAGUUAGCGGCUGUAGUGAAGCAUUUGAAAAGUAUUUACAAGGGUUCGCUAUUCAGAGUUUGAAGCGACUCUGGUAUGUACUGUAGCAAAGGAAUCAAGAAAGAAGGCUGUUAGAACUGCCUUUGAUGCUUGAGUAGCUGUGAUUGGCAGACAUUUUGACUACAUUGUAUCAAAAUAGUCCUAUACUGAAUUUAACAACAUUUAUUACCUAGUCAUAACUGCCCAAAUACCCCCCCCCCCCCCCCAAAAAGAAAAAAAAACUUAAAAUUCGUGAUAUCACACUGAUGUGCUGGCACUAGGGUUUUGGUGAAAAGUUCAAAAAGUCCUUGACCUUCAUUUUCUCUUCUUAUAAUCAACCUAUAAACAAAAGUAGGGUUAUGAAACAAUAUCAGUCUACACUGAUUUAAGCCUUUUUCCCUCCACUGUGGCAUCCCUCAUGACUCACUGUGAAGUUUUGGGGGUGUUAAGCCCCACAAUGCCAAGAGUAUAUUUUAGUGAUGUGGACCAAACAAUCCGACCUUGUUGCAAAAUAUGAAUGAAAACAAAGCUAGUGUAAGCACAGAAACUUGCUUUAAUGUAGGUUGCUGUGUUACAAUUUGGCAUUGGCACCCCUUCCACUGCACUGCAAGCGCUGCAGUGGUAGCUAAACAGUGUGGUCGUAGCUGAACAAAAUAGUUAAUCCUAUGCCAGGUUUCUCUUUCUUCUUGUGACCCUGGGCAGUGUGGUUCAAGCACAAAAUGAAGACUUCUUAUCUUCUGAAUUUAUGGUUGGCAUUUUUAAGGCAAUACUGAUGGGUGUGCAAACAAGGACUAGGUUUUUGUAUACGUAGGAGUGUAUGCAGCUGACUAUUAAGUCUCAGAGAACAGAUCAUGAAAUGCAGUUUGGGCCCGCAUCAUUCUGUAAAUUCAUUGUUUAUUAUGUGUGCAUUUUUUACUUUAUUAUAAGUAUCUUUCUGAACUGUUCAAUUGCUGAUAUAACCUAUGUAAGGCAUGUUCCUUUGUAUUGUUGAUACAUUAUUUCUAACCUGAAACAUUGGUGCCCAGUUGUAGAACGAUUGGCACUCUUCAUUCCAUUGCUUCUUUUGUUGUAUUUCUUAACUUUUGCAUGAUCUCUUGAUGGCCCUGUGAAUGCUGAACAUAGAUUCUACUUAGGUUUAACUUGUCUGUAAAUACCUUUACCUACCCUGAGCAAAAUGAAAGGGUGCAUAAAUUUCCGAUGCAGAAAUUUUCAAGCCAUGCCUGUCACUAUGGUUGGACAUUAGAUACUUUCUUGUUUUAAAAGCGUGGGAAAAAAAAGUGUUUAAGAAAAGUUUAAGCAACAUUGCUGCACUUGGUUUUGCUGGCUGGUUAGGUGGCUGUGGUAAGUCAGCGUUCGUUACAAUGGACCCGCGUACAACAGGCUCGCAUAUAACGGAUCAUAUUUCAACCUUAGUUUGCUCUACCUAUUUUGUUCAUGCAACGAAGUUCACUUUCAACUGAUCGCACUACAUUGGACGAAAUUAGUGGCAGUUUUUGUCAAAAUCGGGUGUAUAAAAGGGACUUUUGCUGUGUCAACACGGACUGACAACUGACUUGCAAGGGUCAGCUGAUGAUCACAGCUCAAUAUCGCGCGCACGAGGCAUGGGGGGAGGGAGGUUCAACCUCGGCGGCUGCUGCUUACGGCGUGGCUGCGCGGGUGCCAUGUCUUGAAAGUGAUCUGCGAUGUGGGCAAAGUGCGCCCAGUGUCAGUAGCUAGUGUCAGUAACUUCGUAUGCGCUGUGCUUUCGACAUUUAGUUCGACGUUAAGUGCCUUAGUUAAGUGCGUUAAGGGCCCUGUGUCGCAGAAAAUACAGCGUCGGACAUCGCUUUGGCCAAAAGAUUUUCGAACCACCCAUACCCAGGCCUUCCAUGUUGCACAAGGAAGUUACUGAACUGUAUUUCUCAAGCUAAAAUAUGUAGAAAAAAUCAUGAAGUACGACUUACACACAACCUACAGACAUGAUAGCUUCGGAUUGUAAUUUGAAUAUACGGGAUAACAUAAUUCUGUUAAGUGAAAAGUCAAACCCCUUUUCCAGCGUUUCUAUCAUACACAGGCUGGCCAUGGCAUCUGCCAUUUGCUCGCGCCAGCAUGCUAAUAUCUCAGAGGCCAUGGAGCGGCGUACCCGUUUCCUUGAAACACUUCCAGAUGGCGCUCGCAUCGCGGCCCACGCAGAAAGCCCACCGUCGUACAUAGUAUUCGCCGCAAGCAUUUCUCUGUAAACAUUACGGUGCAAUUACGGGGAAGCGUGAGAAGAAGUCGGGGAUCUUUGAAUGCUAUGAUGUUCCACUCUUAAAGGGACACUAAAGGUUAUUAUAAAGUCAAGUUAAAGUGAUAAAGCAAUGCUCUAGAAUGCCUAAGGCGUCAAUAUAAUCACAAACAGAGCUUUAGUAAACGAGAAAUUGAGGUAAAUGCAUGACACGAUUUGAAACCCCCCAGCAACAUUCUGGUACUAGCCCGAUGACGAAGGCACUCCUCAUCAUAAUUUGUCACUAGUACUCAACUACUCGUAUUAAAAAUAUCAUUUCAUUAGAUUAUAAGAUGGAAGAAAAUGCUACUUGUCUACUUCUAUUCGAUUCUAAGAAAAAAUAACAUUUUGACGUUACCCUUGAAUAGCAUGGGUGAUCGAAAGGUUUUGUUUUCGCUCGACUCUGCGCGCUCGACUUUGCGCCGUGCGCGCUUUGGAGUUUCAGUUGUUUCUAUAUCGCGUCGUACUGCGGUGGUCCUGCUGGCUCGCGAAACUUGCAUUUAGAACAAGCAGCGAGAAUGUAACGUCCAUGUGAUGUCGUGGGAUGCGCGAACAGUCCACGGAACUUGGCCAAAGGCAGUUGCAGCGGCGAAUUCAACGUUACUUAUCACUGUGUGCCAACAAGUGAACCUCUCCGUUCGAAGUGGUUAAGUGCCGUACCUCUGCCACAGCACGCUGGCAAAGAGCCAAAAAAUCGCGUAGUGUGCUCGCUGCACAUUCGUCCAGAGGAUUACAAGUUCAACGCCGACUUACUGAAGUCAUGUGGAGUGCCUUUCAAAGCAGGCCGCCAUCGUAGUAGUACGCAACGACGCCAGCAGCGCAAGCCCUCAGCAGCAGGUCACAUUCAUCAGUGCUUAAAUCGCUGAAGUCGAGCCCAGCAUCGCGAGCUAAUGUGUCGUUGUCAGGGUCGUCCAUUGCAACGAGCGCCGAAGUUGGCGUCAUAAAAUAAAGAACCAGCUUAUCGUCGCGCACUUUCCCUUCCGCUAGCCACCAUAGUUCCGCUUUCGCGCUGCUGUCAGCUCUGUCUUGGCUCUGUUUCUGGCCACGCGUUUGUGUUUUACGCAGAAAAGCCAUAGCGCCGUCUGCGGGCGCUGCUUUACUCACCGACAGCGCAACGUCACUAUAAGACCAUGACAUUACCACUCCUCGAUCGGAGGGUGGGCAAUUUGAACUGCAGCACUAGAGGUACGCGGACACUUCAGAACGCAUUUUCUCUUAAAAUAAGUCUCUUCAUCGCACGAACCAAGCGUUUCGAGGUUUCUUUGAUGGUAUUUCAACAGUCCACGUUGACUUAAUAUUAACCUUUAGUGUCCCUUUAAAGGCGAAGCUUAAGGGGGGAUGCUAGGCUGAAGGGUCAACUUUUGAAGCGCUCAACCAAUUUUUAUGAAAUUUUCAGGGGUGGUUGAUCUUGUCAUUAGAAUAUCUUCCAAAUAUCAGCACCCUAGCGCAAUGAGAAAGAAAGUUAUAACUGUGAGAUUUAGCAAUCUUGUGUGUCAACUUAGGAAAACUAUCGUUUAUAAAAUAAUAAAAAUAUACAGAUUAUUUGUGAUUAGAUCCGUUCUAGAUGGUUUAUAGUUCAGGAUAAGGUCAGUUGCACAUUUUGUAUAUCAUCUCUGUAAAAAUGCCAUCACUCUGAAAGUGACGUUUAUUUUUUUUCGCUGUCAUUGCAUGUCAAAGAUCUGCUAAAUAAUAUAUGUUGGAAAAAAUUUAGGCAUCUGAAAAGUACUUUAUCUUGUUCCUCACAAAAUUUCAGUCUAGAAAAAACGUUGGAAGCUGCAUUUGGUGAAGCAGUUUGGAAAAGAUACUUUUCCUAUAGCUAUUUUUUUGCAAAAAGUGCAAACUGAGAAAAAUCAAUGCAAAGAUUUCAGAGCAUGGCAUUUAUUCUUAUGAUCAGAAAAAAUUAAAGUGCCCUGCUGCAUAUGUCGGGCCCUCCUCUUCAACACGACGCUGCUCUGCGGCAAUCCCCCCUUAAGCGUCCUGCAAAUCUUGACAGCAACUUUCCGCGGUCAUUGAGCGAGAUGUGUUCAUGUUUACCUGUGCACGCGUGACACCGUGCUUGUUAAUGUAGUUAUUAAGCGAAUGUUUACAACUUUAUCCUUACCAGCUACUACAAGCUACUAUCCUUAAUUCAUGUAGAUGUCUACUAAUUAGCUGUCGCAAUCAAUGCUUUGCCUCUGGGGUGAAACUACAACUUUUUUUGUUUUUGUUUUUACUUCGGAUGUUCGUCACUCACUCUUUGCGAUAACAAUGUUACACAUCACGACCAAAGUUUUCGAAAUGAGGCGUUUCAGAUAUUAUGGACUUGGGAUAAAAUGGACAUUUUCUGACGGAUUGUCAGGGUCCGUUGCAACGAGAGUGAACUGUACAUGUGUAGUGUCAAGCAGUUGCACAGAGCAAGUAUUUGAAUCUGAAGAAACUGCCUACAUCUGAUAUUACUACAAGGGUGGUAAUGAAGCACCACAUAAAAUGACACCAUGAAAAAACUGGUGUGAGUCUCAGGAUUUGUACCAAGUGGGCAUCUAUUUAGCAGUGAACAGCUUUCGAGUCAUAAAAAUAAGCCAACCAAUGAAAUUAUCUUAAUUACAGAUAUAUUGUCAACUAUCUGAGAUUUCUGAUGCCCUCUACUUCUAAUAUUGCCCAGAAGAAAUUGUAUUCUUUACCAUAUUUUUUUUUACAAUUGGAGACAGUCAUUUUUGUAACGCCCUGUGUAAUAUCAGUUCCAUUAGAGCUCGGCAUCUGAAUUGCAGUCUGGCUAAGAUUAUUAGUUGUGCUACUAAGGGCUUACACCAUGGAAGAUUUUAAAAGUUUCAAAGGGGGACACUUAUAUAUAUACUACAUACUUGGUUUUACACUUGGUUCAGAGUUUGGUUGUCAACACGUUGAGAGUUUUUCUGCAGACCUAAGUGUUAUCACAGGGGAUAUCCCAGAGUCUGGGCACUUUUCUUCUGGAGCACCACAGGGGCAUCCACUACUGCCACACAAUAUGAUGCACUGGUCUUUGAAGAUACUACUAACAUGUUACACAUAAUGUGGUGAAACUUGCAGUAUGUGACUUGAUGUGUGUCUACAAACAUUUCAAAACCUGGUAUACCUUAGAAAACAUGCAUUGAUGUUGUAGUUUCUUUAGCCAUCAUUAUUUUCAUGUUUUGGCCGUCAUGGUGUGUGAUGGUGUAUCUAGCUACCUUCCCUAUGAUAACAGAGGCAUUAACUAUUGUAAACCUGUGACAAAGGACGGUGAUGACUUUGCGUUGAAAUUGUUUACAAAGUGGCUCUUGCCUAUGGCAUUUAAACUGAACAAAUGGAAUUGCAUACAGUAUGAGCACCUUGAUUGGGAAGGGUGUUGUGACUAGAAUGCAAUUUUCUAUGGCUAUGGUCAGCAUCAGCAACUGUUGUCAUAUCCCUGCUGGCUAACUGACAAUGCUUGGUGGUCGUCAUUUUCUGUGUGUGUGACUGUGAUGAAGGGAGCAUUACUUUAACUGCGGACAAUGCUAGUGUGGUGCUUUCCCUUUAGGACUGAUGUGAUCUUGUUGCUUGUACUUUUAUUCAAAAUUUGGAGCUGUUCACUGCUCUAGAUAAGUGCCUUUGCCAUGUGAUGAAUGCUCAGCGAGUAUAUAACCCUUAUUUAUUGGUUUGACCAAGUUAAUAUGUUGUUGCAGCACAGCAUUGUAAUUAUUGGUUACAUUCACUUGAGUGGAUCUUGCUCUGCUUCUGUAUCAUGUGUACAUAUCAGUUUUAUUACUGUGUGUGUUUUCAAUGUCUUAGUUUUUGAAAUAUGUAAAGCACUUAAAGGGAAAACACAUCUUUCAUAUUCACACUUGGCCAUGGGAUACUAUGUGACCAUUUUUCAAUGCGUUGGAUCAUAUGUGAUACAAAUAAAACAGCUUAUAUGUUCA